CAACUUUAGUAAAUUAUUUUUCUCUAUGGAAAUAGCUAAUAACCAGCUGAAAUCCAUGGAGAAAAAUGAUGACUUGUUGGUAAUUUCCACUAGUGAGAAUGCUAAGAAGAAGAUUAUUACAACAAAUAAUAAUAAUAAUAACAAGAAAGGAUCAUCAUCAUCAAAUUCUUCUUCUUCACUAAUAAGAAGUUGUCAAGCAGAGAAGUGUAGUGUUGAUUUAAGUGAUGCUAAACAGUACCAUAAGAGGCAUAAAGUCUGUGAAUACCAUGCUAAGUCUCACGUCGUCGUCGUCGCUGGACUCCCCCAACGUUUCUGUCAACAAUGCAGCCGCUUUCACGAGCUGACGGAAUUCGAUGAAUCAAAAAGGAGUUGCCGGAGGCGUUUGGCUGGACACAACGAAAGGCGAAGAAAGAUCAUGCCGCCAUUGUCGUCAUCAUCAUCUGCAGAUCAGAUCAGUCUCUAUCCAAGAUGAUUCAACGCACAAAAAAUUUCACCUCCAUUGAAAAAAAUGCAUAAUUUAUAUAGUAAUUGCUCUCUCUCUUCUGUCAUAAUCUAUUUCUAAAAUAAUCAUCAUCAGUCACACACCACCAGUGAUAAUUAAGUACAAUAGAGUACUUUUGGACUUGGUAUAAAGAUUGUUGCAGUGCGUAUUUAAAGUAGGACAGAGGACUUAUUGCGAUCGCGAUACACUCUGUGAAGUAAUAAAUAAAUGUUAUGCAAGGAAAGAGAGGUGGGGAAUGUAUGGAAAAAUUACUUGAGUGAAUACUUUUUAAUAAAUAAUUAUUGAUAUCAGCGAUACUUUUUAUUUAUUAUCAUCU